GAGUCCCGCGACGGGCUGGGGCUGGGGCUGGGGUAGACGAACGGAGUCGCAGGGAAUAUGAGCGAGUUCCGCAUCCACCACGAUGUCAACGAGCUGCUCAGCCUGCUGCGUGUUCAUGGAGGGGAAGGAGCCGAAGUGUACAUCGAUCUUCUACAGAAGAACCGCACGCCGUAUGUUACCACCACUGUCUCUGCACACAGUGCUAAGGUUAAAAUAGCAGAAUUUUCUCGAACACCUGAAGAUUUUUUAAAGAAGUAUGAUGAGCUGAAGUCUAAAAAUACAAGACAUCUCGAUUCUUUAGUAUAUCUACUGUCAAAGCUCACAGAAGAUAAAGAGACACUCCAGUAUUUGCAACAAAACGCUAAAGAAAGAGCGGAACUUGCAGCAAAUGCAGCAGCCAGUGGCAGCACAAAUUUUUCCAUUUCCUCAUCUACUUCCAAGAUAUCUCUGCAGGAGCUUGAGGAUCUACGCAAGCAGCUAGGCAGUGUCACAGCCAACUCCAGUGUACAGCAGCCUCUUGAGCUUACACGAAAAGUGCUCCGAGAUAAACAAAACAAGAAGAAUUCAGGUCAGCCUGUUCCAGUAUUUCCAUCCUGGGUAUAUGAGAGACCUGCACUUAUUGGCGACUUCUUAAUUGGCACCAGUUUCAGCACUGACACAACGGUACCUAUAGGUACUUUGCCAUUAGCCUCUCAAGAAUCCGUGAUUGUGGAGGACUUGCUAUAUGUUUUGAUUGGUGUGGAUGGAAGGUACAUCACAGCACAGCCUCUCGUAGGCAGGCAGAACCGAACAUUUUCGGUUGAUCCAAACUUGGACUUGUCCAUCAAAGAGCUGGUGACCAGGAUUCUUCCCAUAGCAGCAAGUUACUCUGCUGUCACCAGGUUUAUAGAGGAGAAGUCUUCCUUUGAGUAUGGACAGGUAAAUCAUGCUCUGGCUGCUGCUAUGCGUACUCUGAUCAAGGAAUACAUGAUCCUAAUUACACAGCUGGAACAUCUUCAGAGACAGGGACUUCUGUCACUGCAGAAACUCUGGUUUUAUAUCCAGCCCACAAUGAGGACUCUAGAGAUUCUUGCUUCACUUGCUACUUCUGUGGAUAAAGGUGAGUGUAUGGGAGGAUCAACCCUGAGCUUACUCCAUGAUAAGACUUUCAACUACACGGGAGACAGCCAGGCCCAGGAACUGUGUCUGUAUUUAACCAAGGCAGCCAGUGUGCCUUAUUUUGAAAUUCUGGAAAAGUGGAUAUAUCGAGGCAUCAUUAAUGAUCCUUACAGUGAGUUCAUGGUGGAGGAACACGAGUUGCAGAAGGAGAAGAUUCAGGAGGACUAUAAUGACAAGUAUUGGGAUCAAAGAUAUACUGUUGUACAGCAACAGAUUCCAUCAUUCUUACAGAAAAUGGCUGACAAAAUACUAAGCACAGGGAAAUACUUGAAUGUUGUGCGAGAAUGUGGACGUGAUGUUACCUGCCCUGUGGCUAAAGAGGUCAUCUAUACUUUAAAAGAGCGAGCAUAUGUGGAACAAAUAGAAAAAGCAUACAACUAUGCUAGCAAAGUUCUUCUGGAUUUCCUAAUGGAGGAGAAAGAGCUGGUAGCUCACCUGAGAUCUAUAAAACACUAUUUCCUAAUGGAUCAAGGGGACUUUUUUGUUCACUUUAUGGAUCUCACAGAAGAGGAGCUUAAGAAGCCUGUAGAUGACAUCAUAACUACUAGGCUAGAAGCUUUGCUAGAAUUAGCCUUGCGAAUGAGCACUGCCAACACAGAUCCUUUCAAGGACGAUUUAAAGAUUGACUUGAUGCCCCAUGACCUCAUUACGCAGCUCUUGAGGGUAUUGGCCAUAGAAACAAAACAGGAAAAGGCCAUUAUUAGUGCAGAUCCCACAGAGCUCACUCUCAGCGGUCUGGAAGCAUUUUCCUUUGACUACAUUGUUAAAUGGCCUCUGUCCCUUAUUAUAAACAGGAAAGCACUGACAAGAUACCAGAUGCUUUUCAGACAUAUGUUCUAUUGCAAACAUGUGGAAAGACAAUUGUGCAACGUUUGGAUCAGCAAUAAAACAGCCAAGCAGUUCUCCCUACAUUCAUCUAAGUGGUAUGGCCUUUUUUCCUGCGGGGUCAGUUGUGAAGCUUUGGUUUUCCUUGUUCCCAUGUUAGUUAGGUUUGCUGGUGCUUUCACACUGCGGCAGCGGAUGCUUAAUUUUGUACAGAAUAUUCAGUAUUACAUGAUGUUUGAAGUGAUGGAGCCAACAUGGCACAUUCUUGAGAAGAACUUGAAACUGGCUUCUAAUAUUGAUGAUGUCUUGAGCCAUCACACAAGCUUCCUGGAUAACUGCCUGAAGGACUGCAUGCUAACCAAUCCAGAGCUGCUGAAGAUCUUCUCUAAGCUGAUGUCUGUCUGUGUCAUGUUCACAAACUGCAUGCAGAGGUUCACCCAGAGUAUGAAGCUGGAUAAUGAGAUGGACCGGCUCACCUUAGAACAUGGCACAAUGCUGGGCCCACCAACAGAGGAGGAGCGUGCUGAAGAGACCGCAAAGAAGAAGCUGACAAACAAGCUUUUAGCGGAGCAUGCUGACAACUUCCACCUGACAUCUGGCUUCGAAGCAACAAUCAACAAGUUUGAUACUAAUUUCUCUACGCAUCUGCUGGACCUGUUGGACAAGCUGAGUGUUUACAGCACCAAUGACUGUGAGCAUAGCAUGCUCAACAUCAUCUACAGGUUGGACUUCAAUGGGUUCUACACAGAGCGUCUGGAGCACAUGUCUGCUGAGCGGAGCCAGAAGGCAGCUCCUCUGCUUCCCCACCCAUCCAUAGCUGCCCAGUGAAGCACUGCCGCUGCCCACUGCAGCUGCCAUCUUUUCUGCACCAGCAGAGAACACGACACUUAAUCACUUCCAGCCCUCUACGCUCACUGUGAGCUGGAAACAAACCACAAGGGUUAUUGCAGAGAGACAGGAGAAUAUAUGAUCUCCUGGAUUGUAUAUGUUGGGUUUUGCCUUCUGAGGCUUUAAGUCCCUAAGUCCCCUUUUUUUAAACUGCAUUGUAAAAUGAUGUAUUCCUGUGUUGUAAAAUAAAAUUAAAAAAAAAAAAAU